GAUAAAGAAGAGUGCGUUUCAUUUGAUAAGAUUUGGUUUGCACUCGAGAACAUUCGAUAAUUGAAGAAAAAUAAAUCACUAUUACUUACUUUAUUAUCUAUCUGAAAAAAUGGUGAACAAAGUUGCAAUUUUCGGCGGAACUGGUAUGACUGGCAAAUGCGUUGUUGAAUAUGCAUUGCAAAAAGGUCUUUCGGUUCGUUUGUUGUAUCGCACCGAAGAAACCGUCGAACCAUUCAAAGGCCGUGAAAAAGUUGAACUUGUCAAAGGUGAUGUUACCAAUCCACAAGAUGUGGAAAAUACCUUGAAUGGAACCGAUGGUGUAGUUGUUACACUUGGAACGCGUAACAAAUUGGAUCCAACAACUGUUAUGUCUACCGGACUUACGAAUAUCAUAAACGCAAUGGAAAAAGUAAAUUUACGCAAAAUUUCUGUGUGUCUAUCAUCAUUUUUAUUUUGGGAUCAGGCUAAAGUUCCCAAACAAUUUGAACAUUUGAAUGCUGAACAUAAGCGCAUGUUGGAUAUCUUAAAAGCUACAUCACUGGAUUUUAUUGCCAUUUUGCCGCCACAUAUCGCCGAUGAACCAUCAUCUGAGCACAAAAUUCUUCACGAUGAAUCCCCCGGUCGUGUAAUUUCCAAAUUGGAUUUGGCCAAAUUUUUCGUUGAUUCGUUGGAUCAAACUGAACACUAUGGCAAAGUUUGUGGCAUCGCUAAAGUUUAAUAGACCUUCAGAAAAAUAAUAAUACAUAGAAUCAUUGUUUUGUUUUAUUUUGGUACAUUGAGUUGCUUCCGUUUGUUUUUUUAUAUACAAUUUUUCAAAAUAAAUUGUUGGUGAUGAGCUUGAAUUGA